AUGACAGCCCAGGCAUCAAUGUUUGGAUGGAAUCUUAAACGGGACGACUGGCACUUUGCGGUUAAUCAAUGUUACGAAUUCUAUGAUGGACAGGAAUGGCCACGAAGCGUGGGUGCACGUGAAAACACGCAACGUAAGUCACUUAAUUCAACGCCUCCUAUGUCAUUUGUUAUGGUCGACAAAAAAACGGAUAAGUUGGUGGGUCAUGGAAGAUUAUGUCCACUUCUGGGUGAAUCGCAAAGUUGUUGGAUCGAAUCCGUUAUCAUUAAUAAUGAUUUAAGAGGUAAAGGUUUGGGUCGUUGGCUAAUGGCACAGCUGGAAAAUGAAGCGAGAAAGUUCGGUUUCAGGAAGGCUUAUUUAUCCAGUGAAAAUAAGCAAGCAUUUUAUGCAAAAUGUGGUUAUUCAGCUUGCGAACCAGUACUUAAUGUUGGUGUUAAUACAGCAUUGUUUGAAAGAUUCAAUUUGAGGAGAUGUUUCUCGUCAGCGUUUGAUGGAUCUACCUCCAGUGAACGAAUUACUGGAACUAAUUCAUCGAAACCCAGUAGUUCCUGUACGUCUGCUCUUCCAUCCGAAAAAAGCUUAGUAUCACCACCACCUGCUGCUGCUUCUCCUCCUCCUCCUCCUCCUCCUCCUCUAGCAUCAUCUUUAUCAUCCGGUGAAAUAUUAAAAUUUGGGAGUAAAAAAACUCAUUACAUGUUUAAAAUACUUUAA